AUGUCUUUCCAACUUCCUUCAGCAGCAUCUCAAGCCCCAACCCCAAAUGCCGCUGCUCAUGUCAUGCGACGUUCAGUUAACUUCAAGCCUAGCAUAUGGGGAGAACAUUUUCUGUCGUAUGAUUCCAUGGAAGUGGAUAUCAUUCUGGAGCAACAGGUUCAACAACUGAAGGAAGAAAUCAAGAGGAUGCUUAUGGAUCAUGUCAAGGACGAUUCACAAAAACUAAGCUUGAUUGAUGAUAUUCAACGCUUAGGCGUGUCAUACCAUUUCGAGAAUGAGAUUUGUGAAAUUUUGCAGCAAAUAUUUGACAAAGACCAUGUUUCAUAUGAUGACGUUCUUCAUCAAAAUGAUUCCGACCUUUAUGCAGUUGCUCUUCGUUUCCGAUUGCUCAGACAGCAAGGGCACAAUACUUCCUCUGACAAGUACUUCAGCAACUUGAAGGACAAUGAUGGAAAGUUCAAGGAAUCACUUGUCAAUGAUAUAAAAGGACUACUAAGCUUGUACGAAGCUACGCAUCUUCAGAUACACGGUGAUGAUAUACUAGACGAGGCACUAACCUUCACCACAACUCAUCUCGAGUCUGCAACACGCCGCGGUUUAAGCUCCCCACUUUCGAAACAAGUAACUCAUGCCUUGUAUCAGCCACUCUGGAAGGGCAUGACAAGGAUAGAAGUGAGCCAUUACUUAGCUAUCUACCAGGAAGACAAGUCUCAUAAUGCAACUCUUCUGAAUUUAGCAAGGCUGGAUUUCAACCUACUGCAGCAACUCCAUAAAAAAGAACUAUGUGAACUUACAAGGUGGUGGAAGGAUGUGGACUUCGUGAAGAACUUACCUUUUGCUAGAGACAGGGUGGUUGAGUGCUACUUAAGUACUUUGGGAGUCUUCUUUGAGCCAAAAUACUACAUUGCAAGGAGGACAUUAUGCAAAUUUAUUUACAUGGUAGCCGUGAUUGAUGACAUGUAUGAUGUUUAUGGCACACUUGAAGAACUAGAGCUCUUUAAUGAAGCUAUUCAAAGGUGGGACAUCUCUGCCAUGGAUCCAUUGCCAGACUAUAUGAAAGUCUGUUAUAAGACACUGUUGGAUGUCUACACUGAACUCGAAGAAAAUCUUGCAAGCGAGGGAAGCUUGUAUGGCAUUCAUCACGCAAGAGAAUCGAUGAAAAUGCAUGUCGGUGGUUACAUGAAAGAAGCUAGAUGGUUUAACUCGAAUUACACCCCAACAUCUGAUGAAUACAUGCCACUAGCAGCGCUUACAUCCUUGUAUUCCUUGACAAUCGUAGCCGCUGUUGGAAUGGGAGUUGCUGCUUCAAAAGACUCCUUGGAUUGGCUACUCACCGACCCUGGCAUCGUAAAUGCUCCAUCUGUAAUCGGCAGACUCUUAAACGACAUUAUGUCGCAUCAGAGAGAGCAUUCUGCUACAGCUGUGCAAUUAUACAUGAAAGAACAUGGUGCUACAGAAGAAGCAGCCAUAGUUGAACUAAUUAAUCAAGUGAAUGAUGCAUGGAAGAUCAUAAACAAAGCUUGCCUCAACCCUACCCGAAUCCCAUUGCCGGUUCUAAUGCGACCUCUCAACCUUGCUCGUGUUAUGGAAAUGUUGUACAAGAACGAAGAUGCAUUUUCGAACCCAGGGGAUGAGAUCAAGGGUUUUGUGACUUCUGUUCUUAUCGAACCUGUGCUUAUUGCAUAA